AUGUCUUUAUCAAAUAUUCAUCAAGGGUUAUAUAGGGAAAUGGCACACACUCACAUUUCAAAGUACUUUUCUCUGCUACAUCAAGCAAUUGAAGUGGUUACAAGGAUGGUUGCCGAAAGACCGGUGGUGAUCUUCAGCCGGACCACAUGUUGCAUGAGUCAUACCAUCAAGACUCUGAUAAGUGGGUUCGGGGAAAAUCUGAUGGUUUACGAGCUCGACGAACUCCAAGACGGGCAACAAGUUGAAAGAGCACUGCAGCAGAUGGGAUGCAAGCCCAGUGUACCGGUUAUUUUCAUAGGGCAGCAACUCAUUGGAGGUCCUAAUCAAAUCAUGACACUCCAAGUGCAGAAUCAGCUAGUCCCAUUGCUCAUAAGGGCUGGAGCCAUAUGGAUUUGACGGAGGCAUGCCUCAACUUUCUA